UGCAGGAAGGGGGCGGCGCGGUGGGGCGGCGGUUCCGGGCACGUCGCGUUCCUCGCCCCGGGACCCGCCGCGCCCCAUGGCCGCUCCGCAGGACCCGCUGCCCCCAGAUCAUGCAGCAAAAGAGCCAGUGGAGGAUACGGAUCCAAGCACUCUUUCCUUAACAAUGACUGAAAAAUAUCCUGUCCAAGACACAGGAGUACCUAAGGUGGAAGACCAGUGUUUCACACUCUUUGCCUUAGAUGAGGAAUACCUAACAGAUCAAGUUACUUUGGAAAUUGCAUCUGUGAACAUCAAGACCCUUACAUCAGAUUCUGGCCUAAUCCAACAGCCAGAAGACAAAGACACACAAAACCAUACUGACGAAUCACUUUCAGAUCUCAAGAAAACCUGCAAGGAAAAUGUCACCUGCUCCCUGUGCUUAUUCCGUGCACCGACCAUCAGUGACAUGCUCAAUGAUGAGGACUUGUUGUACACAGUGAGGCUAAAGCUGGAUCCCUGCCAUCCAACAGUGAAAAACUGGAGAAAUUUAGCAAGCAAGUGGGGGAUGACUUAUGAUGAAUUGUGUUUCCUUGAACAAAAGCCCCAAAGUCCCACCUUGGAGUUCUUGCUACGGAAUAGUGACCGGACUGUGGAGCAGCUGAUUGAUCUCUGUAAAUUUUAUAAGAGAAUUGAUGUUGUGAAAGUGCUGCUGAAAUGGGUGGAGGAGGAAUGGCCCAAGAGAGGGAACAGAACUUACCAGAAUGACUUCUAGGUCAAAGAAAGUUGUUAGUCUGUAUGUGUUAAAUGCUGGGACUAGCUACCACUAAUACAUUGGAAGUUUCCCUUGCAAGAGAGAGAAAGCCUGUACUGAGGGUUUGUAUACUGUGUAAGCUUUAUCUACUGUAUACACAAAUGUAUGUUUUAUGCCCUCAGGGUUGCAAAGAUAACCUUCCAGAAGUGGAUGGAAUCAUCCAGAUUGUGUUCUUGAGUCUGCACAUACCAUCAGUUUCUUUGCUGCUGUUCACAACCUUCCUGAACCGAAAAGGAAUCAAAAGGCCAGACCAGUGUUUUUACUGCAGCAGUUGUGAACCGUAUCAGUUGUGUGCUGUUGCUUUUGGGGAAAGCCACUGUUAGAAGGCAAGUCUCUUGGCCUUAUUGGUAGCCGUUCCACAAUUUUGUAUGUUCUACCUAGUACAAGAUGAGGUGGAAUCUUUUUCUUCCUUUUUUGUUGUUUUUUAAGCUUUGUGACACUGUUUUUGGCACAGGAACACCUCAAUGUUCCAGGCAGUAAUUGGGAUCUGCAUGUUACAAUUAACUGAAUAUUCAACAUCACAUUUGAGCAAAUUAAGUCUCUUUUAUGAACAAGAGUAGGCAUUAAACAAUAACAGAUGUUAAACAAAAUAAUUACUCAUAUGCUACUACAUAAUAGGACAUAUCUUUACCCUAAGAAGAAAUCAUGCAAUUCAGAGAGACUUUUCAGCCCAUAACAUUUAGGGGCCAAAAGAACCAAUUUAAAGGCUCUAUGCUUGAAAUUACUUUCCAAAGGUUUAAAGACAGUGUACGCUCUUGAGUGCACGUAUCAAAUGCCUCUCACUUUGCAGUGCGAGGUGAUGGCACCACAGGGUAUCGUUAUUAUUGACUGUAAUUUCCCUUUUCACUGGCUGUGGUUUUCUUUACAGUCCUGUGGAUUGGCCUACAUUCUGUCCCACACCAAGGUAGUUGCACUCUUGUGUGAAACUAGCACUAUAUUUUGAUUAAAGCCACUCUGAUGAAAAAUUAACAGCUGAAUUCACCUACAGCCCAGGUGGAUGGUUAUUAAAGCACUUACAGUGAUUUAGACUGAUUUUUUUAAAAGGAUUUUGAUGCUCUGAAUUACACUGUUUACAUUUUAAAUGUUUCAGAAAUUGUCCUUUUUCCUACCAUUCUUCUGACGUGUCAGACAAUGUAGUAUGUACAUAGGUGUAUAUACCAAAGCAGUGGUCAAGAUGUGGGGCAAAACUAGAAUGGGGUGCAGGUUGAUACACUGUUUACUUUUCUCGAGUAGAAAUAGUAAGAAUUAGUAGCAAAGCUGAGGGAACUCUAAUGCUGUAUGCUGAGUUUCUUACUGUAAGAGAUUGAAAAGGAACCUCUAGUAACACUUUACUGAAGAUACUGAGAGAUAUGGUUACAGAGGAGCUAGAAGUAAAGACUAACAUUUUCACUGGCAGGCACUUGUUCACUGUCAGGCACUUGUUCUGGGCUGACAUAAAAUUAUUUUAGUGACUUCAAGAAGCUGAAAGUCUUGUUUCAGGGUAAAGAGAUUGACCUAAAUUUGAGGUUUGAAUUUUAAAUUUUUUUAUAAAAGACUGAAAUUUGUAAUGAAUUUUUUUAACCAUUCCUCAAAAAAAGCUGCUACUCUUUAGAACUCUUGUUUUCUAGCUGUAUUUUAAGGAGGAAAUUUUACUGCUCUGUCUUGUUGGGGCUGCAGCUCAAGUGUUUCAUGAUUCUCUCCUAGGAACUGGGGUUUCCCAAUAGAUGUCUGUCAGCUUGUUACUUUUGCAAAUAAUCUUCUGUAUUGAGUUAGAUGCUCUAGAUUCAGCUUUGGGGACUACUGCUGUGGCUGGACUUCCUGCUAUUUUCAGUUCCUGCAGAGGCAUCCACUGCCUACGUGCAAAGAGCUCAUAUUGCAGCUUGUCCAACAUAAUUCCCAUACCUUGGGCUGACUGCAUGCAUGAUUUAGGAUCAUAUGUCUGUAUGUUAACUUGUUCUUCUGAGUGAUGAGUGCUGGCAUAUAUGCCCACAGCUUUUCUCUCCCGUAACAUACCACAGGUAUAUCUGUGUGGUAUUAUAAUAUGCUCUGCUUUGGUAGAUCCAGACCAGCUAGGAGAAGAAUCACAUAAGAAUCAGAAUGGGAAUAUGAAAUGAUGCAGUAGCAUUCCUGGAUCAACUGAAAUCGACUCCUUUUCCUGACUUCUGGCUAAAACUUGUAAAAUUUUGAAGAAACUCUGUUGUCUUGUGAAGAUGAGUUUGAUCCCCUGAAGCUCUUCAAAAGUCAAUGUCAGCUGCAAGAGUUCACAUCUGAUGGAAAUAAAGCUGCUUCUGAGAGUUCAUAGGUGGAUUCUGUAUAAAUUCAGCUCUGAAGGUUGAAAAUGUUAGCCUUAAACUUCACCACACACUGGAUUACUCAUUACUAUACUUGAAAUACUUUUUUUCCCUCUUUGUGUGGCAGAAAUGGAGAGGUACACACUCUUUUUUUAGUUUUAUAUCUGUUUACAAGAUAUUGGUUCUGAGUGUUCAAUUUAUUCUUAUAUUUUCUGUUAUAAUGUGUACUAUUUUUAGAAGAAAUAUAGAUUGUCAGUGUUUGA